AUGUCUCCAAUCGAUUUCAUUCGACGGCCCUGGGUUUGGCUCAAAGCCUUAAGCCAAUACGAAUGCGUGUGCAGUGCUGCUCCUAACUUCGCCUUUGGGCUAGUGACACGGAAAAUGCCUGACAACGUGUAUAAUCAGCUAGAUCUUUCCCAUGUGACGGGAAUACUAUCUGGAGCGGAGCCUGUCCGGAGGCAGACAGUGGAACAAUUUGUUGAGAAAUUUGGCCCUAAAGGCAUCAAGCCGUGUACUGUUGCUCCAGCGUACGGUCUUGCUGAGCACACGCUUAUUGUUACUGGAAGAGGGGACUGGCAAACCAGUGCGACUAUCCUUUACGUUGACGCACUGAAGUUACGAGCUGAACGUAUUGUCAGGAUCUUCACCCCUGAGGAAGCUGCUUCUAAGCCAGCGGGAGACGUACAGGACGUUGUCAGCUGUGGCUUUCCAUUUAAAGGUGUCACUGGUGAGCCUUAUUUUCACUUACUUUACCACAAAACAAGCAUGAGAGCAACGAAACCUAAAAGAAUGCGCGUUUGCUUUUCGGUGUCCGCAGUAAAAAUUGUUGACCCGGAAACCGAUCAAGAACUACCGGAUGGGCACGUCGGGGAAAUUAUUGCAUUUAGUGAAUCUGUGGCUCUGGGAUACUUCAACAAGCCGGAACAGACAAGCCAGACGUUCCAUGUAUCUGUGAAAGAUGCGAAAGGAAACAGCACUCCGGCUAGUGGGCUCCGCACUGGAGAUUGUGGAUUUAUGUAUAAUGGGGAGCUGUAUGUAACCGGCCGAUUCAAAGAUAUUAUUAUCAUUCGAGGCCGAAAUUAUUACCCGUCAGACAUUGAAGAGGCAAUUUUAGAAGUGCCUCAAAUUCGUCCAGGCUGCGUAGCUGCAUUUGCGAUCGAGGCGGACUCAAAUGAAGUGCUAGGCAUUGCUGCAGAGCUCCGUGUAGAAGACGGUUUAAAGGGUGUCUGGGCCCGGGUCCGCCGGCAGCUCUUUGAUAGGUCCAGCUAUGACCAAAUAGUUAAGAACAUCUGUCGAACGGUUGCUACCAGCACCGGCCUCAGUGUGCACAGAGUUUGGCUCCUGAGACCGCGAAGCCUACCAAAAACAAGCAGUGGGAAACUCAGGAGAUCUCUUGCCCGAGAAAAAUUACUUGAAGGCAAGUUGGAUGGCGUUAUUCAUACGUAUACACAUCAUGCUCACCAAACUGAAGCAGUCUCAAACGCCGCGAGGGCAGGAACCCAAGCUCCCCUCAAAUCUCCUACUCAGCAGCCUUGUGAAGCGGCACACAAAGGCCACGAUGAAUCUGGACCGACACACGAGGCCGUUGUCAAGGCAGUGAGGGAAGCGGUGAUUGAUGCAGCGAAGAAUGUAUUGGGGGACGACGGCGAGCUGCCGGAUAUGCAGGCCCCACUGCAUGAAUUAGGAGUUGAUUCAAUUGCUGCUGUAGAGCUAGCGGAGCUUGUUUCUGAAAGGUUAAAUAUCGACAUUGAGCCGACGCUGAUGUUUAAUUACCCGACGAUGGAGGACAUUAUGGAGUUCCUAGUGCGUGAAAUCGAGGGUAAAGGGGCCGAAGAGGCACUCACUAUCAACACGAACACCACGGACACGACAAUGGCCGUCGUAGGCGCAGCGUGCAACUUGCCAGGAGGCAGCACAACUCUCAGUUCAUUCUGGGACGCUCUUAUGUGCGGUGUCGACGCAAUGGUAGAGGUGCCGCGGUCCAGAUGGGAUGUGGAGGACUAUUUCGAUCCAGACCCAGAUGCAGAAGGCAAGAUGUACAUUCGAGAAGGCGGUUUUAUUGAGAACGCCGAGUUUUUUGACGCGUCUUUCUUCAGGAUUUCAUUGGCUGAGGCAUCAAGUAUGGAUCCCCAACAACGACUUCUCUUAGAGGUCGGCUAUGAGGCCCUGCAUGACAGUGGUUUCGACAAGGAGACCUUGUUGAGGGCAAAUAUUGGGACAUUUGUGGGAUGCUGCUGCAAUGAAUGGCAGCAAACAUGCGCUCAAAUGGGUCUUGGAAUCAGUAGCUUUACGGCGACGAGCCACGCACCGUCCAUUCUAUCCAAUCGAAUAUCGUACACUCUUGGGAUGCUGGGCCCAUCGUUAACUGUGGAUACCGCUUGCUCGUCUUCUCUCGUAGCGCUGCAUAUAGCCAUCCAGGAGCUUAAGGCAGGAAGCUGCUCCUGCGCCUUAGUCGCUGGCGUGAACCUCAUGCUCUCUCCAAAUGUCACCGUGGCGUUCUGCAAGGCUCGCAUGAUGGCCCCUGAUGCACGCUGCAAAACAUUUGAUGCCAGUGCGAAUGGCUAUGUUCGCGGAGAAGGACUUGGUGCCAUUGUAAUCAAGCCUCAUGCGGAAGCAAUGAAAGACAGCAGUCGCAUCCUCUGUAUCGUUCGAGGGACAGCCGUCAACCACGGAGGGCGGGCGGCCAGCCUGACAGCCCCUAGCGGCCCAUCCCAAGAACGAAUUAUUCGAAUGGCGCUGCGUAAUGCUUCCGUCGCUCCGGAGGAGGUGCUGUUUGUCGAGACACAUGGAACUGGAACGCCUCUGGGGGACCCGAUAGAGAUCGGAGCCCUCAAAUCCGUGUUCAGGUCUAGCAGGGACUCCCCUCUUCUCUUGGGUGCAGUUAAGACCAACAUUGGACAUCUUGAGGGCGCUGCAGGUAUUGCAGGGUUUCUAAAGGCCGCCCUUGCUCUUCGCUAUGAGCAAAUGCCCCCUAAUCUCCACUUUAAAACGUGGAAUCCGCACAUUGACCUCAAGGGCGCGAAGUUCGUAUGCCCUGUGGUUGCGCUCCCGAUAACACCGGCAACAGGGAAACCCAGGAUUGGUGGCGUCAGUUCGUUCGGAUUUGGAGGGGCCAAUGCUCACGUGUUGUUACAGGAAGCACCCCAUCCUUGCGUCGGAAGGAGGCCAUAUAAGGCUCAAAAGCCCACAUUGGUGUGCUUCAUGUUCGGUAGUCAAGGAGUAGAAAGCCUGCAAAAAUGUCGCGUGCUCUAUGACAGCGAUCCAGCAUUUGCAAAAGCCCUCAACGAGUGUGGGGACAUACUUAAGCGUUUGGUCAGCGUUCCACUGCUGUCCAUCCUUUUCUCCGAGCAGGACUUGCCCAGGUCCGCAGAGAGGGCACAUGGCAAACAGAGCCAGCAGUGGCUUCGGCAAACGCGGUUCGCGGAUCCCGCACUCUUUUCUUUUGAGUAUGCUAUUGGAAGAAGUCUGAUAUCUCAGGGCGUCAAGCCUGAUGCAGUAAUGGGAAUCGGUGUUGGUGAAUUCGUUGCCGCUGCAAUAGCGGGAGUGAUGAGUCUUGAAGACGGUCUCCGAGUUGCAUGUCAACGAGCCAAGCUUGUUGAUACUUUCCUUCCAGCUGAUGCCGUGGCCGCAGCCUGUAGGGUGGGGGAGAAAGACGUGGAGAUGGCAAUUUCCGAUGCUGGGGGAGCAGCGGGGUCUACUUCAUCCGUUGCAAUUUCUGUUGUCUAUGGCCAGAAGCAACUGGUCUUGAGUGGAGUCCAGUCGGAGCUGGAGUCGGUUUUGAUGAAGCUAGACAUAGCCGGCCGGUUUAAGUACCUGCCCGACCGUUUGAGCUUUUCAUCGCCACUGCUAUCAGACGUAGUCACUCCCCUUGCCCGGAUAAUUGGAAACGUUAAACUUUCUCGUCCCACCAUCAAAAUGAUCUGCGCAACAACUGGUGAAUUCUGCGACGAACAAGUCCUCAGCGCCCACUACUGGACCCGCCAUCUGAUACGGACAGUGCGGCUUGACCAGUGCAUCAGUAAUCUUGUAUCUGCCGGAUGCAAGCUGCUCGUGGAAAUUAAUGGCCGGGCAGCCCUGAUCAAAAUGGGCCAGCAGAGCGUCGACGAAAUGGCGAAAGAUGUCGAAUGGGUGUUUGCAUUCCCAGCGGCUGAAGAGGAGACAAGCGAACGGCAGGCUUCUAUUGUUCAAAACUGUUUAGCAGUCAUGGACAGAGUAGGAGAGCAGCUUGAAAUGGAACAUGGCCUCCAUGGGCAGGAUGAACUGAUUUAUCACAGGAAGCCGAUCCCUUGGGUGCAAAUUCCUCACCCGCUUGUGGGGAAACAUCGCAAACUGGGGGAUGGAGAAUUCUUAUUCGAGACUUCUUUCCCUCGUCGAGCAGUGCCACUGUUUGCUGACCACAUGGUAAACGGGAAGGCAAUGAUGCCUGGCAUGGGUAUGGCAGAAAUCGUUGCUAGUGCCGCCUUCGCGCUGGACCUCAAAACACCUUCAGGGGCAGUCGCACUAGAGAAUGCAUUUUUUGAGAGGCCAAUGAUGAUCGGUUCGCAGCGCGUCACCUACGAAUUCAAUACCCGAGCAAGAAGUCGCAACUGCGGCAGGCUUAGCCCUCGCACAGUUCGGACUCCAAGGAGAGUAAAUGAUGCCUAUGUCCGUAGACCACGGGCAGACAGUGACUCGCGCGGCUUCUCAACUCCGGCACUAGCCAGCCCUUCUCUGGCUCCAAGUACUUGGCUUGUUUCACCAGUCAGCAGCAAAGAGAGUACCCCCAAGCUAGCAUCGUCAGAUCCGCGUUCAAAGGAUAUGAAGCUCAAAGUGGAGUUGGAGGAGGUUACUCAAUCUCUUUUAUCGAGUCGAGGGGCACUACCUGAUGACCAGGUCGUUCCUCAAGAUGUUGAGAUGACGAUUCGUUGCCACAUCAUGAAAAACUUGAACGUUGAGUUGAGUAGUGUUUGGGACGACGAAACGAAUGUUCACUGCAGCGCACGCAUUGUUCUGGGGGAACAGAACAAGGAGGACGCAACCCCAUCAUUAAAGGAGCUUCAAGCGCGAUGCAAUCAGCCCGUCUCGAUUGGCCAAUUGUACGAGUCUUUAUUUGACUUGGGACUUCAAUACGGGCCGCGGUUCCGGUCCGUCCACAGCAUUUCUCGUUCGGAGUCCGAGGCAUUAGCUCGUUUGAUGUUGCCGGAAGGCUGCAAACAGGACUCAUUUGAGAGCGGCUUCUUAGUGCACCCUGCUCUUCUUGAUGGGGCGCUUCAUGUAAGGAAGAGUGUAUGA